GUCUUGAGGCGGAUGUUUUGGUCAGCUGAUCUCGGUUCCUCCGUGCUAGGCUUCCUGUCAUCUGCACGUUGAUUUGCUUCAGUAGUCAAUUUUAAGAAACGUUUUAAGGUCACGUGAGCUGAAAAUUAAAAGAAUGUCUGCAAAGCCGAUGUGUUUGAUUGUGUUGAGCGCUUCUCCCCAAGGAGUGUCAGCCAAGUCUUUCCAGCAGUGCGUCAAUCUUUGCUCUUCGGUGUUCAACCUCCAGACAGCCACGCCGGCGGGCAAGCCAAUCGAUUUCGUUGGGGUGGACGACAGCACGUCCAGAUGGGUGCAGGACUUCAACAUGAAACCUUACGCAACCCCUGCCAAACUUGAAUCCAUCGAUGGUGCCCGCUACCAGGCUCUGCUAAUCCCCGACUGUCCUGGAGCGUCACGCGACCUGGCACACAGCGGCUCCCUGCACAGGAUUCUGUCCCACUUCAUCUCUCAGCAGAAGCCCGUGUGUGCAGUCGGACAAGGAGUGUCGGCGCUGUGUUGCGCCGCGGAGGCAAACGGGUGGAUCUUCAACGGGUACAGUAUGACUGGGCCGUCAGUGUUUGAACUGGUGCGGAGGGCCGACUUUGCCAACCUGCCUCUGAUCGUGGAAGACUUUGUGAAGGACAGCGCCGGCUCCUACACAGCGAGCCAAGAGGACGCCGUGCACGUUGUCGCCGACAGACACCUGAUAACAGGGCAGAACACGCAGUCCACGUGGCUUGCCGUUAACAAUUUAAUUCUGCUCGCUAGCGCCAAGUGAGUUUACCUGUGGUUGCCACCUGUUAUGCUCUAGCGGGGGCUGUCGCCGGUUCUGAAAGCAACGUUUUUGUCCUUCAGCGUUCACCUCUUUAGUCGUCCAGGGUUUCUGGUUGGGGUAAACCCAGAUGCGUUUUUGCACUGUGACCAUGUCCGUACAGUUCCUGGUGUAACGCAGUUCAGUGUUUGUAAAUACAUCCAGGUCCUAAUCCUUAAAGGUAUCCCAAUCAGU